AUGGACAGUACAAGUACAUGUGUAUCAAUUGGAAAAUUUCCGUUUGAUUAUACCGAAGAGCAAGUGAGAGAUAUUGCAAGCUCUGUUGGUCCGGUAUUAGACGUCAAAUUGUUAUUUGAUGAGUUGACAGGAAAAUCAAAAGGGUACGCUAUUAUAAACUAUGGUGACAAUGAAACAGCUGCAUCUGCUGUUAGAAACUUGAAUUAUAUGACAUUACCAAAUGGUAGAUUUCUAAAGUGUUCAUUUAUUACUGAUUAUGAUAUGAAUAAUUCCGAAAGUGUCAAAUUACCUCCAUUGCCACUAGGGAUCCAAAUACAUCCAAAUCAAAAUGCAUCACAAGUUAUAUCCAGUAUACUAUCUAAUAUAGAUUCAAACUCGGCUUUGCAAAUCAUGAAGGAAAUCCAGACCAUGAGUAAGAAAAAUCCAAAAAGUACAAAAGUGUUAUUAGAAAGAUUCCCACAAUUAAGUUUGGCAUUAGUUGAACUUGGACUAUUAUCCAAUACUACAAAUCAAGAAUUGAUAGAAUUAACGUUGAACAAGAAACAAAUGCCAUUGAAUGACUUAACUUUGGACCAUGUGAAAUUGUUGCAAUCAGUAGAAAAACUAACUGAGGAAGAAAUAAAUGAUUUGGAUGAACCAGAACAAGAGGUUAUUAGAAAAGUUAAAGAGGAGAUUUCAAAGGGUUCAUACGGUGAGGUGCUGAUUGAAAAUUGA